UACUCUCCUGGCAAACCAUCUUCAACAGAACGGGUGAGAUGAACAUCAUCACCAUGCUCCUCUUACCAGUGCUGCUCCUGCUCUCUGGUGUGGAAUCCAGUCCCACCUUUGAGCAUCAAGACGCCUUCACCGGGAACGUCCUCAUCUGUGACAAGUGUCCCCCCGGGACCCACAUAACCGAGUACUGCACCGCCACCACGCCCACCGUGUGCGCGCCCUGCAGAAGGCACCACUUCACCGAGCUGUGGAACUACCUGCCCAAGUGUCUCUACUGCAGCAACUUCUGCACCGAGAACCAGGAGGUGGAGACGGAGUGCACAGUGACAAGCAAUCGGGUCUGUCGUUGCAAAGACGGCUCCUACUUGACAGGGGACUCCUGUGUGAGGCACAAAGAGUGCGGUCCCGGACGCGGUGUUCUCACAAAAGGCACGUUGCAAAGAAACACCGUGUGUGAAAGGUGUUCCGGUGGUUACUUCUCUACCUCUCUGUCUGCGCUGGAAUCGUGCGUAAAACAUCAGGAAUGCGCAAGCGGACAGAUAGAGCUCCUCCGCGGAUCAGUCCACCAGGAUACAGUGUGUGGCUCAUGCGAGGACCUCGCAAAUGUUGAGACGCUGAGAACGUUCUUCUCAGGAUUGUUCAGUUUGAACAGGAUGCGUGCAGUAAAAAUUAGAAAAUGUAUUGCCAGGCACAUUCAUAACGCAAAGGAGGGCCCUCUCCCCAAACAGAGGAUGGCUCUGAUGGAUUGGAUCAGAGCGCGGCUGGCUCAGGCUCCAAAGGAGCAGCUCAACGCACUGCCAAAGAUGCUGAAGACUUCACACUUCUGCACCAUUGCAGAAAAACUAGAGACAAUCUUCAACGAGAUUAAGGAACAGAGCCCAAACUGUACCUUACCUUUUGAUGUUUAGAGUCCGUGCAGCUUGGUUAUGCUCAUACACCUUUCUCUUAGUUUGGAUUUGUGUCCAUUUUGGCUUCCGAUAUAUUUACAUAUGGAUUGUUUUCUCAGAGAGUGUUACCUCGCUACUCCUUAGCAGCAGGGACAUGUGACCGCUACACUGACAAUGAUGAUGGUCCAUGUUACUUGAGCAGUAUUACUUAAAUUACCAAAAUGUAGUAUACAGAAGACUGUGGAUGCAAAAUGAAAGCUUCCAUGAUUAAGAUGGUGAAAAAUAGUCAGGUCUUGUCUGAGUAUUAUGGACUUAGGUCAGACUAUUUACUUCUUAUAAGGAGAAAAAAGUGAUUAACUGUCAUGACUCAACACGAGGGGAACAUCACAAGUAAAAUAGUACUAUAUUCAAAUGUUACAUUACUUUAAGUAAAUCCCUGAAACUUGUAAUGAUAUGAAAGGGAACUGUAAUGAUGAAUAAAUGUUGUCAUAAAAUGUUUGAGGUUCUGUAAAAUGUUGCAAUUUCAAACAUAUGUUAGAAUAAAUAAAGUAUAACGGCA